AUGACCUGCGGAUCAGGAUUCUCCGGCCGCACCUUCAGCUGCGUCUCGGCCUGCGCGCCCCGGGCCGGCCGCUGCUGCAUCACCGCCGCCCCCUACCGCGGCGUCUCCUGCUACCGCGGCCUCACUGGGGGCUUCGGCAGCCGCAGCGUCAGCGGGGGCUUCCGCGCCGGCUCCUACGGCCGCAGCUUCGGCUACCGCUCUGGCGGUGUGGCCGGGCUCAGUGCCCCCUGCAUCACUACCGUGUCCGUCAAUGAGAGCCUGCUCACGCCCCUCAACCUGGAGAUCGACCCCAACGCCCAGUCCGUGAAGCAGGAGGAGAAGGAGCAGAUCAAGAACCUCAACAGCAGGUUUGCUGCCUUCAUUGACAAGGUGCGCUUCCUGGAGCAGCAGAACAAGCUGCUGGAGACCAAGUGGCAGUUCUACCAGAACCGCAGGUGCUGCGAGAGCAACUUGGAGCCUCUGUUCAACGGCUACAUCGAGACGCUGAGGCGGGAGGCCGAGUGCGUGGAGGCCGACAGUGGGAGACUGGCCUCUGAGCUCAACCACGUGCAGGAGGUGCUGGAGGGCUACAAGAAGAGGUACGAGGAGGAGGUAGCCCUGAGGGCUUCAGCCGAGAAUGAAUUUGUGGCUCUAAAGAAGGAAGUGGACUGUGCCUACCUCCGAAAGUCGGACCUGGAGGCCAACGUAGAGGCUCUGACCCAGGAGAUUGACUUCCUGCAGCGACUGUAUGAGGAGGAGCUCCGGGUCCUCUACUCCAACAUCUCAGACACCUCGGUCGUGGUGAAGAUGGACAACAGCCGGGACCUGAACUUGAACAGCAUCAUUGCCGAGAUCAAGGCUCACUACGAUGACAUUGCCAGCCGCAGCCGGGCUGAGGCUGAGUCCUGGUACCGCAGCAAGUGCGAGGAGAUAAAGGCCACGGUGGCCAGGCACGGGGAGAGCCUGCGCCGCACCAGGGAGGAGAUCAAUGAGCUGAACCGUGUGAUCCAGAGGCUGACGGCUGAGAUUGAGAAUGCCAAGUGUCAGAAUUCCAAGCUGGAGGCUGCAGUGACUCAGGCUGAGCAGCAGGGUGAGGCAGCCCUCAACGAUGCCCGCUGUAAGCUGGCUGGGCUGGAGGAGGCCCUGCAGAAGGCCAAGCAGGACAUGGCCUGCCUGCUGAAGGAGUACCAGGAGGUGAUGAACUCCAAGCUGGGCCUGGACAUUGAGAUCGCCACCUACAGGCGCCUGCUGGAGGGCGAGGAACAGAGACUAUGUGAAGGCGUUGGGGCCGUGAAUGUCUGUGUCAGCAGAUCCCAGGGCGGAGUUGUCUGUGGGGACCUCUGCGUGUCUGGCUCCCGGCCUGUGACAGGAAGCACCUGCAGCGCCCCCUGCAGCGGGAACCUGGUAGUGAGCACCGGAACGUGCGCCCCCUGUGCGCCCUGUGGCCCCUGCAAUUCCAUCACUUCCUGUAGCCUGGGCACUGGCGGUGUGGGCUCAUGCGGCGUCAGCUCCUACGGCGUGGGCUCCUUCAGCGGCAGCUGCCGGAAGUGCUAG